AAACCAAUAACCAACUCACCUAUCUUAAUUUAUUUUUUUUUAUAUUUUUUAUUCAUGGUUUCACUUCGAAAACCAGGUCAUACACCUGAACCUUAAGCCGUUUUUCAAUUUCAAUCUUGUACAAAAUCUUGUGACCUGUUUCAGUCUUUUCUCUUUCUCUCCCUUUCUUUUAUUAUUUUUUAUUUUUUUAUUUAUUUUAAUAAAAAGUAGUGCACAAAAGAAUCUAGUACAAUAUAUAUCAAUUGCUAACGUUGUCAUCAGUUUAUACCAGCUUGUCCUGAGUUAGAUGCGUGUUGGACAUGCUUUUCGUUUUCUCCUCUCAUCACUUGCAUUGAUUUCCUCUCAAUACAACAAAAGCCAAAAGGGUAUUCAGAUUUGUGUUCUGCUAUUUGGUGGUGGCUUGCUGUGAGAGCUCUGAAGUACUUUUCAUCUGAUAAAAUCACAAGGCUGGAGGGAGAAAAUUCGGGAGAAAAGGGAAAAAGGGUGUUCUAAAAUGUGGGAUUUUAGAGAACUUGGAUUAUUUAUCUGUGCCUUAUCAAUCUUGCCCUUGGUAUGUUUCUCUGCCGACUUUGUUCCUCUAGAUAAUUACCUCAUAGACUGUGGAGCAUCGUCCAAUACUUCAAUAAAUACCCGCAAUUUCACAGCGGAUAGUUUCUACAACAAUUUCAUUUCCACCGAACAAGAUAUUCUUGCCAAUACCUCCUUGAAAUCAAUCACUUCUUCCAGUGAUUCCCCUCUUUAUCAAACCGCAAGAAUUUUCACUGCACCCUCAAAGUACACUUUUCCUAUCAACCAAAGGGGGAGACAUUGGAUCCGUCUUUAUUUCUUUCCGUUUACAUAUGAAAAGUACAAUUUGAGUGCUGCAAAAUUUGCUGUUACCACCCAGAACUAUGUUCUUCUCAGUGACUUUAGUGUGCAGAAAAAUCCUGUUAUGAAGGAGUACUCUCUAAAUGUGACCUCAGACACCCUUGUGAUCACCUUUGCCCCUUCAGACAAUUCCAUUGCUUUUGUGAAUGCCAUUGAAGUUGUUUCAGUUCCUGAUGAUCUCAUUAUUGAUGAUGGUUACACCCUGAAUCCAGCAGGAACAUACUCUGGCUUGUGGACACAGGCAUUGGAGACAGUUUUCAGGGUUAACAUGGGUGGUCCAACUGUCUCCUCUGCCAGCGACACGCUUCAACGAACUUGGGUUACUGAUAAGGAAUUCCUUAUACAAGCUAACUUGGCCAGUAAUUUUUCAAACAUAGGUGCUGUUAAGUAUGUAAAUGGAGGGCCAACAGAAAAUUCUGCUCCACCUUCUGUCUAUGGGACUCUAACACAGAUGAACUCAGCCGGUGAUCCACGAAGCAAUUUCAAUGUGACUUGGCAGUUUGUUGUGGAGCCUCAUUUUCAGUACCUUAUUCGACUUCACUUCUGUGACAUAAUCAGCAAACGCCUCAAUGAACUCUACUUCAAUGUUUACAUUAACUCCUGGUGGGCUGCUAAGGAUCUUGAUCUCAGUACAAUAAAUAAUAAUGUUUUGGCUGCUCCAUUUUUUAAGGAUUUGAUUACAGCCCCAUUGGCCAGCAACAAAGUUUUUGUAAGCAUUGGCCCUUCUGAUCUGAGUAGUGAUUAUCCUAAUGCUAUUUUGAAUGGGCUGGAGAUCAUGAAAAUGAAUAACUCUGAGAGAAGUCUCAGCUCAUCAACAGCUGUGCCUCUGACUAGUACUUCUGGUUCAAGUCAUAAGAAAGUUGGCAUCAUAGUGGGUGUGAGUCUCGGGGCAUUGCUUGUAGUGGUCUUGGUUGGAGUUUUCUUUUUUCUACGCAGGAAAAGAAGACUUUUGGAGAAACAAGGGCAUUCAAAGACAUGGAUUCCCAUAUCUAUCAAUGACGGAACUUCUCACACAAUGGGAAGUAAGUAUUCUAAUGCCACAACAGCAAGUGCUGCUUCAAACUUUGGGUACCGUAUCCCUUUUGCGACUGUUCAGGAGGCUACAAAUAAUUUUGAUGAGAGUUGGGUUAUAGGCAUUGGUGGUUUUGGUAAAGUUUACAAGGGAGAAUUAAAUGAUGGUACUAAAGUUGCAGUCAAGAGGGGGAAUCCUCGGUCCCAGCAGGGGUUUGUUGAGUUCAAAACUGAAAUUGAGAUGCUGUCUCAGUUUCGCCACCGCCAUCUAGUAUCAUUGAUUGGGUAUUGUGACGAAAAGAAUGAAAUGAUCUUGAUAUAUGAAUAUAUGGAGAAAGGAACUCUCAAAAGUCAUUUGUAUGGUUCAGACCUCCCAAGCCUAAGUUGGAAGGAGAGACUUGAGAUAUGCAUUGGAGCAGCUAGAGGACUGCAUUACCUUCACACAGGCUAUUCUAAAGCCGUUAUUCACCGUGAUGUGAAGUCUGCAAAUAUCCUGCUUGAUGAGAACCUCAUGGCCAAAGUUGCUGAUUUUGGGCUAUCAAAGACUGGACCUGAAAUUGAUCAGACACAUGUGAGCACAGCUGUCAAAGGGAGUUUUGGGUACCUUGAUCCCGAGUAUUUCAGGAGGCAACAGCUUACAGAAAAAUCAGAUGUGUAUUCAUUUGGGGUAGUUCUGUUUGAGGUUCUUUGUGCUAGACCUGUUAUAGAUCCAACCCUUCCUAGAGAAAUGGUGAACCUGGCAGAAUGGACUAUGAAAUGGCAGAAAAGAGGGCAAUUGGAGCAAAUAAUAGACCCAACACUUGCUGGGAAAAUCAGACCAGAUUCUCUUAGGAAGUUUGGAGAAACUGCUGAAAAAUGCUUGGCUGACUUUGGUGUUGACAGACCUUCUAUGGGAGAUGUCUUGUGGAAUUUGGAAUAUGCUCUCCAGCUUCAAGAGGCUGUUGUUCAAGGUGAUCCUGAAGAAAAUAGUACCAAUAUGAUUGGUGAACUCUCUCCACAGGUCAACAAUUUCAGUCACGAAGAAGUAAGUGUUUCUGCUACACAAUUUGAAGCUUCAAGUCUGGAUGAUCUGUCUGGUGUUUCUAUGAGUAGGGUAUUCUCACAGCUGGUGAAGUCUGAAGGGAGGUGAUUUUGAGUAUUGUAUCUUCUGAAUUCUGCAUUACAUUACUCUUCUUUUAAUGUUUUAGUGGUUUGUGUUCUGAACGGUAGUUCUCAGCCUCCUUGCAGAGGAUUGAGGCAUUUUAUAGACUUGUAAAGAAAGGUCAAGUUAAUGAAACAUGUUUGUUUAAUUGUAACCCACUUAUAUCCAGUUUAAACAUCUGAUUUAUGAUGUUUCAGUUA